UACAAAAAAUUUAAACUUGAACUUGUUCAUUCUUUAUUUAACCUCAGAACAGAUAAACCGUAUUACAAAAUUUCUCUAUAUUUUCAGAGCAUCAUGUCCGAAAUGAAUGACAAUGAGAAGGAGUUGCAGGAGUUUGUAAUGCUCGAAAAGCAAAAGGCCCAGAUGAAUGCACAGAUUCAUGAAUUCAAUGAGAUCUGUUGGGAGAAAUGCGUUGGCAAGACGGGCAACAAACUGGAUCACAGCACAGAGACAUGUCUUUGCAAUUGUGUGGACCGUUUUAUCGACACUUCAGUGUUUAUAGCCCGUCGUUUCUCUCAACUUCUGCAAUCACAAGAAAAUGGAGGCAUGUAGGAGGGGGACUAGAAGGAGAAGGACGAGGAAGAGCAAAAACUUCUAAAAUUCCUUCACAUUCCUGUGAUUUGACCGUAAAUGAUCUUUGAAAGAAUGUUAACAAUAUAAUACCGAAAAUGGACAGAAA